AGGCGGGAUUCGCGCGUUGUUCAAAGGGACGUUGCCAAACUUGCUACGUGUGAUCCCAUAUGGUGCACUUAUCUUCUACACUUAUGAACUGGCCGGAUCGGCAUUCCUAGCGAACGAAGAGAAAUACAUGAACAGAGCGUGGGAGAAGUACAUACAGAACUCUGCGGGAGAGGCGGAUCGCCACACACUCAGCCCAACCGGAGAACUAAGGUAGUGGUGGAUAAG